GUGCGAGGAGAUGAGCGUUAAUGAUAAAAGAUACGAUAUGAAGUGCAGUGAAUUUAACUCCCUUUGUCGGUUCUCGUCGGAGCCAUAAAAAGGCAAGCUUCUUGUGUGAUUUUCUUUGAACGGCGUUACCCCACCCCGCAGACAAAAGGGCGUACGGCAAAAAUUGAACAAAUGAAAUGCCUCCUUUUUCCGACGGAAAAGUUGCGGUGUCCGCAAAAGAAGAUGAGACAAUUGAGAUCGUGGUCAAGAAGAGAAGAGACUUCUAUCAGAUCACGCAAUCCUCUCUAUCUCUUAAAGGAACACUUUACCCGAAUCAGGAACAUAUUCAGGCUGAUAGGUCGUGCUAUCAAGGAGGUCGUCUGAUUGCUUGUCGGAGCUGGACUCAUAUGGCGGAACAAGAUGAAGCGGGCACAGACGAUGGUACUGCAAAGAGUCAUCUUAGCAGAGACAAGUUUGCAGAAGGAGCAAUAGCAUACAUUGAGGCAAAUUCACACUUCCAAUCCGAUUCUGACUACGAUAACGUCGGCAAACACCUGUACUCUCGAGGAUGGCAAUGGAAACAGGGCAAAUUCCCACCUUUCACGCAACACAUGGCCAGGGCUGGCAUCGUAACAGGUGUGAGACUGCCUUCCGAUCAUCCAGAGGACGAUACGCUUGAUGAAUUAUCAAUUGCUGAAGAUUUUGACGCAGGUACCAAGAUAGGGCCACUAGCAGCAACAAUCUUACAUGUACAUCAAACCAUCGUCUUCUCAUCGACUUGGAAUGUUCCGGUGAUGUACAUAGAAGCAAGCAAAAAUGAUGGUUCAAUUGUACCAGUCAACGAUCUGCUUCGAUCGACAAUCUUUCACAUUCAGCCCAAUACACACGAUCAGGAUGCAUCGAACGCAACCUUUCCAAUUAUCAGUAUCGGAGAAAAUCCUGCAAAUGGACAUGGCUGUGCCUAUCUUCAUCCAUGUCAAACAGCAACGAGUAUCGCUAUUUUAUUGGAAGAAAAGGCUGUAUCUCCAAUGGAGUAUUUGGAAACGUUUGUCAUGCUUUGUAGUGAUGUUGUAGAAAUGCGAUUGCAAUGA